CCGUUAAUUGUCUGAGGGUUCGGUGUAGAACGAUAAAUAAACAGGAACCUCUCUAAGAUAUCUUUAGUGGUCCCUUCCCCUUUGGAUUUUUUUAGAGCAUUUUUAAAUGUACUCACAAAGCGUUCCACUUGGCCAUUUGAUUGGGGAUGGUAUGGAGGUGUUCGGAUGUGCUGGAUUCCGUUCUGCCGACAAAAUUGUGAGAUUUCGGACGUAAACUGUGUUCCGUUGUCACUAACUAUCAAUUCCGGGAUUCCAAAACGACUGAAUAGUUGACGUAGUUUACUGACUGUGCAGCUUGCAGUCGGGUGUUCCAUGAGAAAAAUUUCUGGCCACUUGCUAUAUGCAUCAACCAUCAAAAGGUGUGGAUGCAGACUCCUUAUCUAUAGUGGAAAAUAUGAAAUUACGAAUCCGAAGUUUCCGAUGUCGACGUAUUUUUCACUUAAUUCUAGCUGUCAUAAUAAUCUUUGUCAUAACAAGUUUACUUAGCUACUUUUAUGAAGAGGUUCCUAAAUUCCCAAAGCCACCGAUAAUCGGACCUCCACCUAACCUUCCAGAGUCUGACCAGGAUUCUCGUCAAAUCCAACCACCUGCACAAAUACCUAUAGAAUCCGAUGUUUUAGAAAAUGCAAAAAAGCUUCCUACUCAAACACUUCCUAUUUCUAAAAAUCUUUCGCCAAUUGUAGCUUUCAAAUAUGGAACACUUAUUUCCAAGGAAGAAAUUCAAGGUGGCGUUCCUGCAAAUAAAAGAGUAGCCUCUAUGCGAGAUAAAGUUCGAGAGAUGAUGAAGUUUGCUUGGAAUGGUUAUGUUACCUAUGCAUGGGGAAGUAAUGAAUUGAGACCGUUUUCAAAAACUGACCACUUACCCUUUGUACUUGGAAAUGAACCACUCGGGGCUUCCUUAGUCGAUAGUUUGGAUACUUUGUACAUAAUGAAUUUGAACAAAGAAUUCAACACAGCUGUAGAAUGGAUAGAAAUGAAUCUGGAUUUUAACAAAAACACUCAGGUGUCCGUGUUUGAAUUCAAUAUUAGGUAUAUUGGUGGCCUGCUGUCUGCUUACACGUUCAGUAGAAAACCUAUUUUACUGACUAAAGCGGUUGAACUUGCUCAACGUUUAUUACCUGCAUUUGAUACACCUAGUGGAAUUCCAAUGAGUUUAAUCAAUUUGAAAACGGGAGGUAAGCGGAAUUUUGUCUGGGCAAAUGGUCAAUGUUCAAUUCUAUCAGAGUUUGGUACAUUACAUAUGGAAUUUAAAUAUCUUUCUGAGCUAACUGGCAAUCCGGUCUAUUCAGAAAAGGUUGAUGCUAUUCGUAAGGUUUUGGAAGAAGUGAACAAGCCUAAUGGGUUAUUUCUUAAUUAUAUGGAUCCGAAUACAAAAUCAUGGUGUGGUAAUGAAGCUGGUCUCUCUGCAUCAGGUGAUUCAUUUUAUGAAUAUUUAUUAAAAGAAUGGAUUCGUACUGAUCAUAAAGAUGUGAAAGCUCUUGAACUAUACAAAUCUAGUUUAGAAUCAUUCUUAAAAGUUGGUUUAUUUCAUAAAAGUCCUCAACAUAAUUUACUUUAUGUUGGCAAUUACAAGUAUGGCACUAUUUCCAAUUCAAUGAGUCAUCUGGCUUGCUUUGUUGGCGGUAUGCUCUCUCUCGGUGCAUCAGAUAAAAAUGAUCCAUGGUUUCAACGUGGUGUUGAAAUUACCGAUACUUGUAGAAGAAGUUACGAUAGUGCAUCAACAGGUCUUGGUCCAGAAACAUUUUCAUUUACUGAUCAGUCUUCUGCUGUUGCGAUUACUCAAUCUCACAAAGUGUAUCUUCUGCGACCAGAAACAGUGGAAUCAUAUUUCUAUUUAUGGCGACUAACUAAAGAUCCAAAGUAUCGUGUUUGGGCAUGGGAUGUAGUUCAGGCUAUUGAAAAGUAUGCUCGUACAAAUGCUGGCUAUUCUGGUUUACAUGACGUUUACUCUACUAACUCUACUUUAGAUGAUGUUCAGCAGUCAUAUUUCUUAGCAGAAACACUGAAAUACCUUUAUUUAAUCUUUUCAGAAGAUACAUUAUUACCGCUUGAUAGAUGGGUGUUCAAUUCUGAAGCACAUCCAUUACCUAUUCAAAAUAAAGUCAAACUAACACCUGGCUAAUCAGUCGGUAUCAUAUUCCUAAUGUUGGUGAUAAUAAUAACUCCAAUGUCCAGAAUUUUGUUUUGUGCAAAGACGAUAUUUUCUUUCACCCCCUCUGGGUUGUUUUUCUUCUGUUUUUUCUCUUCGUAGAUUCUAUAACUAGGUGCUCUAUUUUCUUUCUAUCGCAUUGUUUAAACGCUGCUUGUGUGCAAUUACAGAAAGGAAGAAACAAGAGGAGUGUAUAUAUACAUAUAUAUUUUCUAUAACGAUCAUCAGGUGUGUAUAGAACUUGUUUUUUCUCGUCGUUUACUUUACAGCUAAGAAUAAUGUAAGUAAUUAAAUGGGAUUACCUGUUUCACAACUUUCCAUGUAACAUUGUGUUUGUCAGGUGAGAACAAAGUAAUUCCCAGCGAAUCUCUCUCGUUUCUUGUCACAUUGUUCUUCAAAAUUUUUUUAAGUCUCUUUUUUUCUUUACAUUGUAUCUCUUUUUCAGUCAGACUGUGAUAAUUUUUCUAUUUAAUGUCCUAUAGAAAUUAGAUUAUAGAUAACGUUUUUUAAUCCGAGGUUCAGUGUUGAGUAUUCUUGUUCCUUUCCUUGAUUCUUUCCUGAUCUAUACUAUUUUAUUCUGUCAUCUAGUUUACGUUUAACCUUUUCACACUUUUCAACAGAUUUCUUAUUUUUUCUCUAACAAUAAUGUCUGUUUUUUUUCACUUUCAGGUGAAUGAAUUUCUUCUGAUUAUAAACAACACAUAUAUAUUUAUAUUUUAUGCCUAUACUUUUCUGCUCCGUGUAAAUCUUUAGAAAUUUUUAUUUGUUUAACUGACCAACGUUGUCAGUCGUACGUUUCAUUAGUGUGUAGUUUUGUUUGUUUGUGAAACUAUCUGUGUUACUUUGCUUCCAGAUGUAUAUAAAUAUAUAUAGUGGAACUUCGCUUGUUG